UUUGCAAUGGCAGCGCUCUACCCCCAAGAAGAAACCCCCAGUUGCACCUUAUGUCAACCGUACUUGACAGAUGAAUAUUUGGAAGAUGUGGAAAUGGAACCAAGGGAUAUACGUGACUUCUUCCAUUCACAUUGUGACCACUGCUCCGUGGAGGGUGUCCACGAUGAUUUGUGUAGCCUCUGCUGUCAUCUCAGACUUCCACACCUGCUUCGAUGUAUCAGAUAUGCCUAUAAAUCGUUUUACUUGGGAACCAUUCAAGAGGUCGACACCAGAAGCUCAGCUUGUCGUUUCUGUCGAUUGAUCAGUUCUUCGUGCCACAUGAAUUUGCAGCUUUACCCUUUUGGUUAUGAUUUGACUUGUCCAGUUCAAAUUGGGAUAUUCGGUGAAGGCGAAAUAAACUACGCAAUUACGAAAGACCGUGUAAUAAGAGUUCACUCCCUUUACUCAUGGGCUUCCAAUGCUGCUCCUACCGUCGUCUUAGACCGUCCACCCGAGCCCUGGGAACUUUUGAAAUCUGAUCAUCCAGCACCCACACUAGGAGAAUUCGUUGAUUGGAGAACGGUCCGCUCUUGGAUAGAUAGAACUUCACGUUCAAUCGAAGAUCAAGAUUACUCUGGAAAGCCACAGAAUCUCAAAGUCAUUGAUGUUCUCGAAGAUCGAGUGGUUCAUGCUGCCGCGGAAUGGGAAUAUCUGGCGCUAAGUUAUGUGUUUGGGGGCAUCACCACAAUCAAGUUACCGUCAUCACGCUGUUUUGAAAGGGCCGGCUUACCUUUGACUAUUCGGGAUGCACUGGUUGCAUGUGAUAGACUGGGAUACCGAUACCUCUGGGUUGACCAGCUUUGCAUUGAUCAGAAUAAAGCAUCCGAGAUACAAGAGCAAAUUAAUCAAAUGGACUGUAUCUAUCACCAUGCCAAGUGCACUCUGGUGGCACUUGAAGGGGAGGACUCUAAAUAUGGUCUUCCUGGGGUGACUGCGCCUCGCUCCUGGCGGAAUUCACUAGCGGAAAUUGUUGGUCUAGGAUUUAGUAAUCAGGCGCCUUCUCUGACCAGGAAUAUCACAAGAAGCAAAUGGUGGAGCAGGGGCUGGACCCUUCAAGAGGGUUUCUAUUCAUCAGAAUUGCUUUUUUUUACCAAAUACGGCGUCUAUAACUCGCAUUUCUCUUCAGAUAAAAUAAACUCUGAGGCUAUGUGCGACUAUGACUAUCCUAUUAUUUGGAACUCGUCGUAUUAUUGGGGAAUCCUUGAGCAAUAUACCAAGAGACAUUUGUCCUAUCAGUCUGAUACAUUGCGUGCCUUUUCUGCAGUAUUGCGGGCCACCUUUGGAGAUCACACUUACUAUGGACUCCCGCUCGAUUAUAUUGACCAAGCCAUUGCCUGGGCACCCAGUCUCAAAGAUGCAGCUCCUUUGAAGAGCCGGGAUAUAUUUCCGUCAUGGUCAUGGGCAUCGCAUACCGGUCCUGUAAAGCAAUUAGAUGUUCAGGCUGGACUUGCAGUGUGGGCCAUUCCCCAGUCAAAAACAGCCGUCACCAUCUGUCGACCCACUGCAAAUGAUGAGAAGAGCUUGUUGCAGUAUAAAUGGAGACCGCGAAGUUGCAUGGACGUUGCCACGGAAAAUGCAUUGCAUAGAUUGACUAUAACAUGGCUGACGGGAUGUAUCAAAAGUCCAUUUCCUAUCCACCAUGCGAGCUACCCCUUUACCGACCUUAGUCUGGCGCCUCAGUGCUUAUUGUACUCUGAUUGGAGCGAUGACCGUCGUGCUAAGCGGUUUUAUCAAUCGCAGCUUAAGGUUCUUGGCAAGAGAUGGUCCACAUACAGUGCAUAUUGGCAUGAUGCAUUUGAUCAAUGGGAGGCUGGAAAGAUCUUCUCUCCAAGUGACUGUGAGCUAGCAUUUGCAGUCCCUGGUAGGAUUUUAUUUCAUGGUCAGAGUGCAUCUUUCUACUUGGGUCCGCCUAUAAGCUCAGAUUCAAACCUAUCAGUACCUGACCUGUGGAUCAGCUCCAGGGAUGGAUUAUUUGCUGGUACAAUCAAAGUGCCUAAAUUUCACCCGAUUUCUACCAAUGGUGGCCCGGCAGAAUUCAUACUGCUUUCAUUUGGGGAACCCUGUUACAACGACAUCUGUGGCCAGCUUACUGAUGAGAUACGGCACCUUUUACAUGGCCAGCAUCCUCACAGGCCAGCGCAUAUUCGUCCCGAGAGUCCUGAAUUUCUUGACAAACUGGAGAACAGUAUCGUCCUAAAUGUCAUGCUGAUUGGAAGGAAUCCGGAGACAAAUGUCGCAUGCCGGCUUGGGAUUGGUUCCAUAUUUCUCAAGCGAUGGGUUGAUGCAAAACCAGAGUUCAAAACUGUCAUUCUUGAAUAACCUUGUUAUAAUAUCUAGCCGUUAGAGCGAAUCGGAAUUUAGUUUACAGAUAGUUUAUAGUUAUAUAUAACCCGAUAUGAGUGCACAUAGAUCGACCUUUAGACUUAU